GUCAAACUUGCUUUGCUCUCUCGACUCUGAACAACAUAAUAACUUUCACAAUCUUCCAACAAUCACUGACUAGACAGUCAAGAUGGCAUCUACAACGUUUUCUGAAACUUCCUUAACGAAGAACAUUCAAAGGAAUGUGUAAACGAUACUCCUACUUAUUUCACAAUGCUCAACCUAUUCAAAAGCCAUAUAAUGCUGCUGCAACACAGAAUCUUGCCCAAAAAUCAUCUCAAAACCAACAACCAUGGAGACCUCUUCCUUCCACUAUACCCACAUACUACCAGCAAUAACGAUCUUCUUCCUGACUUUUCUCAAUGGACUCCCUUCCAUUACUGCCCAGCAAGACUACGUCAACAACACUCAGCUCAACUGCAAUUCUGGCGACUCCUCGCCUUCGAUAGCCAAGGGGUACAGCUGCAAUGGAAUCAGGACUGGUCAGUGCCAGUACUUCACAACUUUCCAGUCCACCCCGCCUUACUACGAGACCGCGCUCUCGAUCGCCCUCCUCCUGGGGUCGGAACCUUCCACCGUGGCUUCCAUAAACAACAUCUCAUCCACCUCGGCCAAGAUCCCCGCUGGGACUUGGAUCAUAGUCCCCGUGUCUUGUUCCUGUUCAGGCAGCAUUUAUCAGCACAACAUUCCUUACACUGUAAGGACUCCGAACGAGAGUUACCUCACCAUUGCCAACAAGACCUUCCAGGGCCUGACGACUUGUCAUGCCCUGGCAGGGCAGAAUUACUACGAGUUUGACCGGCUUGAUGUUGGUUCGGAGCUGAAUGUUCCGUUGAGGUGUGCUUGUCCAAGCAAGGAACAGGCUGCCGCUGGUGUGGUGUCCUUGUUGGGGUACAUGGUGACGUGGGGUGAUUCGAUUUGGUUGAUCGGUAAACGCUUUGGGGUAGAUACUGCCACGAUCAUGCAGGCUAAUAAUUUGGGGAACAAUACUCUCAUCUUCCCAUUUGGGCAGCUUUUGGUGCCUCUUGAUAGCAAGAGUUGUGAAGCGAAUCCCAGCGGUUUCUUCUGCGGCUGCAGCGUCAAUCCUGGAAUCUGCAUUCCUGACAAGAAAAAGUUCCCCGUCAAGUUGGUUACACUACUAGGAAUUGGGAUUGGAAUUGGGCUAUUGGCUACAUUCCUGAUCGUCUACAACCUUAUUCAGUACCUCAAAAACAAAAGAAACAAAAUCCACAAACAAAAUAUGUUCAAGCAAAAUGGUGGGGUCUUGCUACAACAGAAGCUCAAUUCAUACCCAGGAAGUCAUGAGAGCGCAAAGCUAUUCACUGAAGAGGAGCUGAAAAGAGCUACUGACAACUACAACGAUAGCCGGUUCCUUGGCCAAGGAGGUUUUGGGACAGUCUACAAAGGAAUGCUCCCAGAUGGAACCAUAGUUGCUGUCAAGAGGUCAAGAACUAUCGACAAGACUCAGAUUCAACAAUUCAUAAAUGAGGUUGUCAUUCUGUCCCAGAUCAACCACAGACACAUUGUCAAACUUCUAGGUGGUUGCCUUGAAACUGAGUUCCCAGUGCUUGUCUACGAGUUUAUCCCCAAUGGUAGUCUCUCCAGUUACAUCCAUGGCCAGAAGCAGGAUGGAGAAGAAGAUUCUGUGUCUCUUCCAUGGGAUGACCGAUUCAGAAUUGCAAGGGAAGUUGCUGGAGCUGUGGCUUACAUGCACUCUGCAGCUUCAUUUCCAAUCUUCCAUCGCGACAUCAAGUCUUCAAACAUACUGUUGGAUGCCAAGUUGAGUGCUAAAGUUGCGGAUUUUGGCACUUCUAGAUCGGUUCCUGACGACAAGACUCAUCUUACCACCGGGGUACAAGGCACAUUUGGGUACUUGGAUCCAGAGUACUUCCACACGAGCCAGUUCACAGAUAAGAGCGAUGUAUACAGCUUUGGGGUCGUUCUUGUAGAGCUUAUGACUGGACAAAAGCCCAUCUCAUUCACCAGAGGUGAAGAGAGAAGUCUGGUCGCGCAUUUCAUUUCAUCAAUGAAGGAAAACCAGGAUGGCCUGUCCAACAUUUUGGAUCCUGUGGUCAGUAGAGAAGCCAGGGAAGAAGAUGUGGAAGCCAUUGCAGAGCUGGCUGUGAGGUGUUUGAGAUUGAAUGGGAAGAAAAGGCCUACAAUGAGUGAGGUGGCUAUGGAGCUUGAUGGGUUGAGGAACUCACAAAGGAUCUCGCAACUUGACCAAGAAGAGUCUUUUGUGGAUAGAAGAUAUGGUAAUCAGCUUGAUGCUGAAAGAGAAGAGUCCAUGGAGGAUAGCUUUGCUAUCUCUGUAGAGCUUGAAUCCGUCUAAAACUUUAGUACUUCAAUUUGUUUUCUCAUAUUUGUUUGCAUUCCACUUAGAUAGCUUCACCAUUCCUAAGGUUAUGAUAGCUUUUCCAGUUAGUUUUUUCUUUAUAUCAGUUAUAGCAAAGACAGGAUGUAUGUAAACAAAGUACCUUCAGUUUCCGGGACCAGCCCUGUUCGAAAAUUUAAAAUGUGAACCUAAUUUUUUCCCCAUAAAUUUAUCAAAAUUAAAAAUUAGUAAAUAAUUAUAAAAAAAAUACUUAAGUUCAGAAAAAGAUUACAUCAGGAAUAAACGAUCUCGUUUCCAGUUUGAUCAAGAAACCAAGACCGAAUUCCCAUCCCUAGUAGGGUGGAAAGUAAAUCUGGAAGGAAGAGAAAAUGGAUAUAGCGCAAAAAUUGAAUGGAGAAAUGAAAAUAGUCUAAAUUGAUCGAGAGGUGGGUGCAGGGUUGUCUACUAGAUCGUGGAGGCCCUAUUUCAAAAUCUAGACGUGGUCCAAAUCGGCCUUUAACUAUAAUAAAACUAAAAUGAUUAUAAUAACAUUAUUCAAAAUGUAAUAUCUUUCUAUAUUGUUUAAAUUAAAAUUAUCUAUUAUUUUUCAGAUUUUCGUAUUCUCCAUGAGAUCCUUUUCAAUUGUUAUUAUAGCUAAAAUUAUCUAUUAAACACAUCAUCAUACAUUCAUACUCAUAAUCAAUCAAUCAUACACUAAAAAUACAACUUACAAUAUACGAUCGGUAACUAACGAAUCUAAGUAGAGACCCCUAAUAUUCUGAGGCCCUGUGCCGGAGGGCGGGCCAGCACACCCUCUUGGCCGGCCCUGUCCGGGACAGCUUUUGUGGCCCGAAAUAGUAGGGAAAGCCACUCAUUUUGAACCGAAAUAAUGUCAGCACCAGAUCUGGAUUCAUUGUAAGCCUUUGAAGGCCUGGCCGAAAUUUUGGACCCUGUGGUCAGUGGAGAAGCCAGGGAAGAAGAUGUGGAAGUCAUAGCAGAACUGGGUAUGAGGUGUUUGAGAUUGAAUGGGAAGAAAAGGCCUACGAUGAGAGAGGUGGCUUUGGAGCUUAAUGGGUUGAGGAUCUCGCAACUUGAUCAAGAAGAGUCAUUCGUGGAUCAAACAUAUAGUGAUCAGCUUGGUGCUGAAAGAGAAGAGUCCAAGGAAGAGCUUUGCUAUCUCUGUAGAGCUUGAAUCCGUAUAAAACUUAGUACUUAGAUAGUUUCACUGGUCUCAACAAAACGAAGGCUAAGAUGGAUUUUCCCUUUUUUGGCUUUUGACCAGUGUUUUAAUUCAGUUCAAGUUGGAUGAGAUCACAAGACUACAAUCUUUAAGUCACAUCAUCAUAAGAGUAUAUUGUUACUUUCUUCAAAUUAAACUCCCUCUUUCUCAAGACAUUAGUAUUUAGACCAUGUAAUAGGGCAAUGCAUCCAAAAGGGUUCAUCCAGUUGUAGAAAUGUCCUUACUUAACGAGAUAUAGUCUACAAAGUAUAGCAGGAGAUAUGGAAACGAAGUACCUGAAGUUUCCGGGACAGUUUUUGCAGCCUGAGUCUAUUGGUAAAGCCACUCAUUUUGAACCGAAAUAAUCUCAGGAGAUCGAAAUGGCUGCAUCCAGUGUAAGGCCUCAGAAGUUCACUGCACAAAAUUGAAGCUCAGACAAUUUAAUGUCUAGUUAGCAAUGUUAAACUCUUACCAUGAUACAGAUACACAUGCAUGAGCGAUUCAACGAAUUCAGUAUGAUGCUUGACUCUUACCAGACCGAAGAGAUUCCAAUACCCACAUUGCAAGCUGGAUAUUUGAGGCAGUUGCUUCUUUCUUCAGGAGCUAGUUAUAGAAAAGACUGUCCUGAGCGGCAAAAGAUCAAACACCUGGUGCUCAACCGCCAAGUGACAUAACGGAUAUCCAAAAUUAGUCACGCCGAGUACAUAACAACUAAUCUUAUUUAUGUUUGUGGAGACAUGUCUAAUUUUUUCUUUCUAGUUGUGUAGAAUGAAUUUGAUGUUAUCGA